UUUAUAUUUAAUAUUCAAAUUAAGUCAUUCAAUUUCCUAUCAAUUGAUUUUAGGAAGGCCAUUUAACAACGAGGAUGCCACGUAUGCGGCUUCUCAUGCCUAAGCUGCUUGUGGAAAACACAGUUGGCCUAGACUCGACCGUGAAAAGGGUAUGGAGAUGCAUUGAGGAUGAAAAUACUCGAGUUAUCAGGUUAUGCGGCAUUGGCAGUGUUGGAAAAUCAACUCUCUUGAAGAAGGUUAGCAAUGAAUUCCAUAACCAAAACCAUGAUUUCGAUUUUGUCAUCUGGGUCAAGGUGUAUAGACAAGAAGACUAUAUAGAGCAAGUUCAAGAGGCCAUUCGGAAGAAAUUAGAUAUUUCUGAUAGCAUAUGGAAUGAGUGUUCAAGCGAGGAGGAGAAGGGAGCUCAGAUAUCUAGAGUCUUCAAAACUAAAAAGUUUGUUCUGCUGUUGGAUGAUGUAGGGGAGCGAUUCGACCUUUUAAGACUGGGCAUCCACCUUCAGAGUGAUCAUUGGAAUCGCUCCAAAGUAAUAUAUACAACCCGUUCGGUGGAGUUGUGCAACGCAAUGGGAGCUCAAGAGACAAUUGAAGUGGAGUGUUUGCCACCGGAUCAAGCCUUGUUAUUAUUUAGGAUGACAGUAGGUGAAAAUAUCCUGAAUAACGAUCCAGAGCUUUCAGAAUUGGCAGAAAUUAUAGCCACAAGGUGUGGAGGGCUGCCACUUGCUCUCCUCACUGUGGGUCGAGCCAUGGCUAGUCGGAGGAAUCCCGCUGAGUGGCGCCACGCAGCUGAGCUGUUACAGAGCAACCCAUCGGAGAUUGAAGGCAUGGCGGCUCAUGUUUUUCCUCUUCUCAAGUUUAGCUACGAUAGCUUGAACAAUGCCACCGCUCAAAAUUGUUUUAAAUAUUGUUCCAUAUUUCCAAAGGAUUAUAACAUCAGAAUAGAUGAGCUUAUUGACCUGUGGAUGGGAGAAGGCUUUUUAGAUGGAUCAAAUCCACGCGAUCAGGCAGAAUACAUAGUUGGGACUUCAAAGCUUGCAUAUUUGCUGGAAAGUGAUGAAUCUAAACAAUGUGUUCGUAUGCAUGACAUAGUCCAUGACAUGGCCAUGUGGUUAGCCCGAGAUCAAGGCAAAAACAGGAGCAAGGUUUUGGUGGCAAAAAGUGGAACCGUUACAUAUCAGGAACUCACAAAAUGUGAAGGGGCGAAUUGGAUCUCCUUGUGGGGUUGUAGGAGGAGAGUGAACAUAGAUUACUCACCAUCUUGCAAUUACCUAUCAUCUUUGCUCUUUAGAGAUACACUGCUGAAAUCGUUUCCCAGUGGAUUCUUUAACUCUAUGCCGGCUUUGAAAGUGUUGGAUUUAUCAGGUAAUCAAGGCUUAGUUGAAAUACCUGACAUUGGAAAUGUGAAAACGUUGCAGCAUCUUAAUCUGUCAUUAACAAGCAUAGCAAAGUUGACUGCUGGCCUUGUGAAUUUAACUAACCUCAGGUGUUUGCUAUUAGAUUAUACUGCAAAUCUUAAAAGGAUUCCAAAGGAGGUGAUCUCCAGUCUUUUACUUUUGCAAGUCUAUAGUAAAAUAAAUGGAGUCAGUGAGUACUAUGACCGUGUUGAAGUUCCAGCUGAUGCUGAAGUUGCAUUCUUAGAGGCACUGGAGUGCUUGAAUCACAUAAAUAAAAUAUGCAUCACAAUAUUUGCUGCCCCUUCUGUCGACAAAAUUCUGGAGUCCUACAUUUUACGGAGUUGCAUUAGAAAGUUAACAAUCAUGGACUGUAACGGUUUGAUUUCAUUAUGUUUUACACAAGAAUUUGGUAAUCUAGAGAGGCUUGCGAUUUCUGGUUGUUAUUCACUCAAAGAGAUUAUGCUAUCAGAAUGGUGUAAACUCGGCAACCUACGUGAGGUGUACGUAGGAGUUUGCCCCCUCUUACUAAACCUCAACUUCCUUGCUUAUGCUAAAAACCUUGAGACUCUUACCAUUAUUGAUUGUGAGUUGCUGGCGGAAGUUACCAGUGAGAUAAUAGCAUUCCCCGCACUGAAAACUAUUUCUUUGACUCGUCUCCGAAAUCUGAGUAGCAUCUGUCCAUCUCCCGGAUGCUAUCCUUCUCUGUCAGAGAUUGAAGUAUCUCAGUGCUCGUUGCUGAUGAAGCUUCCAUUUGAUUUAGAAACUGCAAAUUUAUUACAGAAAAUUAGAGGAGAAACAGAGUGGUGGAAUGGCUUGAUUUGGGAUGAUGAAGCCAUUUGGGAUGCUUGUCGCUCCAAGUUUGUGUCCACCUCAUCCGGACCCCUGCAGAAAAAGAAAGAUCAGUCAUCCACUAGCAGGUCAACCAUUUGAUGAUUUAGAAGCUGUUUGCAAAUAUGUUGAAGCAUUGGGGCCAUGGACCAUCUGAAAUGAGGAAUUUGGAUUGCUAGAGAGAAAAAGAAAUGCUUGGUUUACUUGUGCCAGUCAUAUUUUAAUGUAUUUUUAUAUCCAUGUUUGUUUUGUGGAAAAAAUGUGUCCAGAGUUAAAUUGGUGUAUGUGGCUUGCAAUUUUAUGUUUGUUUGUGUUUGUGAAACUUAGUGUUACACGUUGCUGCUUUGGUUAAAUGAAGUUGGAUGUUUUACUUGAGCUCUUAUUUAUUAUUUUGGAAGUAUCAUUUUUGUAGAUAUUGGCUUUGUGUUAGAGGUUUACAGUUCCAGAUGAAGAUUCAUGCCAAAAAAAGAAAUCCAUGUUCUUUCCACCAUUAUUCAUUUGAUUGUUGAAUCGCCCUGGAAAUUAAGAUGACCAAUUUUUUUUUAUCCCCUGAUUCAUAUGUCAAAUCCCUAACAAAUAUCUCAGCUUUUAGUAGUGUUGGAACAUGAUUCGCUACUGAUUAUAAAAAAUCAAUCAUCUAUCCUUUCCAGGACUGGGAUCGCUUCUUGAUCUUGAUUACAGUUUUCAGGGGAGUUCAUUAGUCUCCUGGCC